AGUCAAAAGUGUGAAAUAGAAAGGAAAGAGAAAGAACAAAGCAAAUAUUUAUGACAUAGAUGAAGACAGAGAUUGGGUUUUGAUCAAUACUUGGAGUGUGAAGUUGUUUUGUUUCGUGUUUUGUGGCGUUUCUGGUAGUUCAAUUCAACCACAUUCUCAUUCUCUCUCAUUCUCAAACACAACUAAACUCAUUCAUUCUCUGUCUCCGAUCCAUCCAUCCUCAUGUCCGACGCUUAUUGGAGAUACGCCGCCGAAUCCCGCCACAACCCCUCCGCCAUCGCCGCCAAGCGCGCCCGUUCCGAUUACGAUGUCUCUGGCGUUCAUGACAUGCCCGGUUACUAUCCCCAUGAUGAUGAUAGAGGAGGGCUGCGAGUAAUUAGAGAUACUGAAUCCCUUGAUGCGUCCUAUGAGCGUUACCUCCGUAGUGCGCAAGUUUCCUCUUUUGGUGAGGGACAGUCUACCAGAACCAUCCGUGGGCGACUUCCCAGUCAUUCCUUUGAUGAUUCACAUGUCACAAGUAUUGGUGGAGUAGACCGAGGACCAAGUGCAAAGGAAAAAAUCCUGGGAUUAAGUAGUGGAAGACCUGACCAUUCUCUUCCACCUGAUGCUACCAGUACACUGUUUGUAGAGGGUUUACCAACAAACUGCUCGAGACGGGAAGUAGCUCAUAUUUUCCGUCCUUUUGUUGGCUACAAGGAAGUCAGACUUGUUAGCAAGGAAUCAAGACAACCUGGGGGUGAUCCAUUGGUACUUUGUUUUGUUGAUUUUGAGAGUCCAGCUCAUGCUGCAACUGCCAAGGAUGCAUUGCAGGGUUACAAAUUUGACGAACUUGACCGCAACUCGGCCAAUUUAAGGUUCCAAUUUGCUCGCUAUCCUGGUGCAAGGUCCGGUGGUGGUGGUGGGUUUCGUGGGAAGCGUUGAAUUAUGCAAUAUACCGGCGAUUAAUGCUAUAUAUCGAUGCGUUCACGCUCUGUUGUUAAUCGUCAUUGGUGCUGAAUAAAAGCUUCAAUAUGAACAAUUAAUCAUGCUGAAUCGUUAAACGAUAAUUUAUGUAGGAUUCACCCAUACUGGGGAGGUUAUGACUUUGAGAGGCAAGUGAAACAGCCUUGCAAUCGAGAAUUACAGUUGCUUUAUUUAGAAUCAAGUCCAACGUUGUGGUAUUCGUGUAUGGGGGACGCUCACUAGAGAUUCAGAUUGUGCAUUUGUUUGAGAAAAUGGUCUAAUUGAUUUAGUAUAGAUUUCUGCAAAUUGUCUUGUUUGGUACGACUUCAGUUUUUAAAGGUGUUCACUGCUAUUGGGAAUAUCUAGGAAUGAGAAACAUGUUUCUUCUGCAUA